AUGGACGACCAUUUCUCCUGGUCAGACACUGCGUACGCAGCCUUCGGAUCGUGUCUGGCAUGCUUCCACGCCAGACAGUCGCCUCGUUCCAACGAGACGUCGUCCAAUGGAGACAAUCAAACCCAUAACCACAUAGUUCGGAGUAUCAGAUCUGACGAACUCGAAGGCCUCCUUGUCGACUCGGGCGACGAUGCUGAGACCCUUUCUUUGCACUCAAACCCAGGGCGACCUCAGAGAAGGAGGAAAGCGAAGACUCAUCCGACAAGAAAUAUCACUCUGUUUGGGUGGAACCUAUUCGGCAAGAGGAAACCACCCAUCCAGCUACCUGAAGAUGAUGGAGAAGAGGGGAUAGAUGGUAUCAUACGGCCAUCACGAUUGGGCUCGCGGGGGACGUCAGGCUCGUCUUCGACUCUUGAUUCCGACGCGCCACAACUGUCUCCUACUCUCAUUGACUCGAUCUCUCCAGAAGUGCUGCGAGAACGGGCGCUUGCUGCGGAAGCCGCUGAGGCAGAGGAGAGGCGGCAGAAGGAAGAGCGUAGACGACGGAGAAGAGAGAAAAGGGAGCUCAAACGUGCCGCUAUGGCGCUUGCUGCGGGUGGUGAUGGUGAUUUCGAAGGAUUUCAAGGCAGCGGGGCGGACUAUUUCCACUCGCGUCCCCCCACCAGCCCAUCAUUGCCAGAUUCAGCGUCAGACGGCUUCGGGCCCUUCGUCGGCAGCACCCACGCUCCGCGUCUCAGUCCAUCCCACCCCGACCACGAUGACGGUGAUGAAACCGCAGAUUUGGACGGAGGUGUAUAUACCCGCAAAGCUGUAGGAGGUUCACUGAGCGGCUCUGACUCCCGAUCCCGGACGUCUGCUUCGCGCUCAGAUGUGAGCCAUCAUAUAUACCAACCGAUUAAUCAACCUCCAAUGCCUCACCCUCGUCCUCAACUUCACCUUCGCCCGCAAGACCAUAACAGCAUCGACCUCACCCCGUCCAGUAGUGAUGGUGUCCCUCGCCAGAAACGAUCCAAGAAAUCUAAGUCAUCUACGACCUCCGAUUCCCAGACCCCGUCGAUCCGCUCCCCAGCUUCGCCUCAUUUCCCUUACAGCCAUCCAGAGAUUGCGCUUGCAUCUCCCGGGCUUCGAUACGAUGGUCUGGAACCAGAUCAUCUACGACUGGAGCACCAGUCUGAGGACAUCCGUGCCAGCUUCCCUAGCAGUGGACUCAAUGUUGGACAACGAAAAGCAAAUCCAGCGAUGGGUGCUUUCCUGGCUAAUACGGCCCGAUAG